AUGGAUAACUAUAAUUUUGAACUGAUAAUAUUUUGGAAAGAUGGAGAAAUCUUGAUGAAGUCGCACAAAACUAGCUUCUUACAACAAGGGUUGCGUAUCGGUCGGUUCGGUUUUGAAGUUUAUCGAUUCGACUUAUCGGUUUGUAGACAUGCUAAAUUGUUAAGAACCAUUAAGAUAUUGGCUUACUGGUUACCGGUUACCGGUUACCGAUUUAUCGCAAACCUUCUGAGCCAACACUGGGUGGAGCGCAACCAAGACGCCACCGUCUAUGUCGGCAAUCUCGACCCUCAAAUUGCUGAAGAGUUGUUAUGGGAGCCUGACAGAGUUACUAAUGCUCAUCAGGGAUACAGUUUUGUGGAAUUCCAAAGUGAAGAAGGUGUUGACUAUGCAAUAAAGGUACUGAAUAUGAUAGAACUUUAUGGGGAACCAACAGUUCCCAGUGUUCUAGAAGCCAAUGGUGCGGUUGGUGCUCCUAUUCCCCCACUGCCUUUUGCAAAUGGUCCUAUGCCUCCAAUUCCUGUUCCAGCAAUUCAGCCACCACCUAUGCACCCUAAUGUCUACCCACCAAUGCAGAUGCCUUCACCACAAGCUUGCCAGGGACAACCUAUGCAACCAGCUGCAGGUGGCAUUCUGUAG